AUGCGCUCCAAGUUCGGAUUGGGCUCGCGUGCCGACGUCGAGAAGGGCCCCCAGGUCGAUAAUACCCUCGCCUACGACAGCAACAGCAACGAGAACUAUGACAAUGUCAGCGAUGGCGCGGUUCCCGGCGAGAGCUUCGAGUAUGGAAACUCGCUCUACGCUAAGCUCCAGCGCAUUGCCGGCAAGUUCAACAUUGAGCAGCGUGGAAUUGAGCGCGUGCCUGAAAACGAGCGUACCGAUACCUCCUACGUCAAUAUCGGCAGCAUGUGGCUGGCGGCCAACAUGGUCGUGAGUUCCUUCGCCAUUGGCGUUCUCGGCAAAUCGCUCUUCUACCUGGGCUUCGUCGACGCUAUCCUCGUCUGCCUGUUCUUCAACCUCCUCGGUGUCUUGACCGUCUGCUUCUUCUCCUGCUUCGGUCCCGCAUUCGGUCUGCGCCAGAUGGUGCUGUCUCGCUUCUGGUUCGGCUGGUUCCCCGUGAAGUUCAUCGCCAUCCUCAACGUCCUGGCCUGCGUCGGCUGGUCCGCUGCCAAUGCCAUCGUGGGUGCGCAGCUGCUGAACGCUAUCAACGGUACCGUCCCUGGUUACGCCGGUAUCCUGAUCAUCACCUUCUGCACCCUCUUCAUCACCUUCGCCGGUUACAAGGUCGUCCACAAGUAUGAGAAGUACAGCUGGAUCCCCACCUUUAUCGUCUUCCUCAUCGUGCUGGGCACCUUCGCCCACUCUGGGGACUUUGUCAACAUCCCCAUGAGCGUCGGUACCUCCGAGCUUGGCGGGUGUCUCUCCUUCGGCUCGACCGUGUACGGCUUCGCUACCGGCUGGACCAGCUACGCUGCCGACUACACCGUCUACCAGCCCUCCGACCGCAGCCGUCGCAAGGUCUUCCUCUCGACCUGGCUCGGUCUGAUCGUCCCCCUGCUCUUCACUGAGUUCCUGGGUAUCGCCGUGAUGACCGCAACCGCCCUCAACGACGGAAACAACAAGUACGCCACUGGCUACGCCGAGUCCGGUAACGGCGGUCUGAUCGGUGCCGUCCUCGAGCCUCUGGGUGGUUUCGGCAAGUUCUGCCUGGUCAUCCUGGCCCUGUCCAUCAUCGCCAACAACUGCCCCAACAUCUACUCCGUCUCCCUGACCCUGCAAGUCCUGAGCCGCUACACGCAGCGCGUGCCCCGUUUCAUCUGGACUUUCCUCGCCUCCUGCGUCUCCCUCGCCAUCGCCAUCCCCGGCUACUCCCACUUCGAGACCGUCCUCGACAACUUCAUGAACUUCAUCGCCUACUGGCUGGCUAUCUACUCCGGUAUCGCUGCGGCCGAUCACUUCGUCUUCAAGCGCGGCUUCCGCGGUUACCGUCCGGAGAACUACGACAAGCCCGAUAAGUUGCCUGUCGGUAUUGCCGCGUCUGUUGCCUUCUGCUUCGGUAUCGCCGGUAUGAUCACGGGUAUGAGCCAGACCUGGUUUGUCGGACCGAUUGCCAAGCAUGCUGGUGAGCUGCCUUACGGUGGUGACGUCGGUUUCGAGCUGGGCUUCGCUUUCUCCUUCGUUAUUUACUGUGCUUUGCGGCCGCUGGAGAUUCACUUCUUCGGUCGGUAG